AUGAGCUCUACGGGAUGAUGGUAACGGACCCAUAAGUAGAGAGCAUUGUGCCAAUUGCGGAAAGACAUAAAGAAAGCGAACGAGAGAGGACUUCGUCUUCAAUCUAUGACUGGUGUUGUUUCCUCCUCUCCGAUUUUUUCACAAUCUGUCAUUGAUAACAUUUUGGAUUUAACUAUGUUGACGCUUCUGAAGAAUCGGAUGCGCUUAACUUGAAUACUAAACAGCCAUUCGGAGAUGUCCGAGUUCCACAAUCCCAAUAAAACUCGCCCCAGUGCUCGUGGUCCUGCCUACAUUUGGGAAUAUGAGUACUAUGACGAUGAUGAACCGGUGUCUUUCGAAGGACUCAAAGCGCACAGAUAUUCCAUCGUGAUUGGGUUCUGGGUUGGCCUGGCUGUAUUCGUCAUCUUCAUGUUCUUUGUUCUGACUCUGCUAACAAAGACUGGAGCUCCGCAUCAAGAGAACCCCGAGCAGUGCGAGAAGAGAACUCGUUUGGCCAGCUGCGUAGUGGACAUCAGUCACUGCCAGGACACAGGAAACAAGGUGUGCUCUCGCCCCCUGCUGGACGAGUCCCGCUCCCUUUUCCACUGUUACAUUAAUGAGGAAGAGCAGGGUGGGGGUGGUGGUAUGGGCAGGGACAGGGGUAGGGACAGGGGCUUGGGUGGAGGUCGGGCUGGACAGGCCCGUAGCCUUGACCUCCAGGGUGCACUGGCAAGCCAACGGACUGACAGGGAGGCCAACUUCCUGGCCAACUUCAACAUCCCCAACUUUGUGAACUCGGAACACAGCUCCACACUGGGAGAUGACGACCUGCUGCUCUGUGAACCCCCGAUAAUCCUGGACAGCAUGUCCUGCCCCAAAAGUGUCCAUCACAUCAUCAACUGAACUUCUCACACUGGGGUACAUUUGGGUGUGGCCUUUAUCCGGGGACGCUAGUGUGCAAUCGGCAAUGCUAACGAACGCUUGUACUCACCAGUUUUCCUCACGUACAGUUUUGAACCAGCAUGUUUUUUAACCUCCUAAGACCUGGCGUACACAUGCGUGGACUCCACAUUUUGGGCUGUACAACCAUAAUACUUAAUUCUUAAGACCGAGAGUCCACAUAUGUGGACAUCAUCAUGUCAAAAGAUGAUGCUUAGUUUUUAUACUUAUCAGGUCCCAAUAAGCCCAAAUAGCAAAGAGAAAUUAAAAAUGCAUACCAAAAAAGAGUGCGGGUCUUAGGAGGUUAAAGUACAGAAACAGUACAGUUCAGUUCAGUGACACCACUGUGUGAUUAAUUAUUUACUUGUAAAUAGAAAAGGCUUCAUAGCUGUCAGCCACAGACCUGUCAGUGCUGUGGGAAAGACCAACAGUGGAUAUUAGAUUUCCUGAAUCAUCAGAAGACAUUAAAAUCUGAUUCUUGUCACUUAAACUGUAAAAAGGACAUAAAUAAUACAGGGCAUGUGCAAUAAGUAUAUGUUCAGAUGUUGUGGACCAUACAGGUCCAGAAUUUUUGGUACCCUUGGCCUUGAUAAAGCAUAAAAAUAGGCUGUAUUAAAACACAAAAUAAAUAGAGAAUUGAAGAACAUCAGUGUCGGUCUGAGACAUACAGAAGUGCGACAUCACCAAGAAGGCACAGUGGCCUACUCAUAACCAAUAAAGGUAAUGUUAAACUACAAAGCCAGCAUUUUGUACUGUAACAAAGGUAAAUACCACAAGACAGAUAACCUAUCUUAGCAAAUAGCUACUCCAUUGCAUUAGCCCAAGAGCAAAUCUGAAGAAAGAAAAGAGGUCUGGUUGGUCCAUAGUGCCUGAUGAUGUUUUGAAGAUAUGGUCCCUUCAGCUAUAGGACCCUAUAUUGGACAAUAGGUUGGCACCAAGGUUUUCAUUUGAUGCAAGCUGAUAUAGGUAGCCAGCAGAGGCUGAUUGCAGAACUGCAAUUUUGUGGACAUAUUGAUUGGUUGAUUUUGCGAUACACUUUGGAUCAGUGCAGAAAGGUCUUCCUUUUCUAUUCUGACACCCAUCAUUGAGGGAAAGCAAAUUGAUACUUGUUAAAAACAACUGAAACAAACUUUCUUCCACUCAUAUAGCUCAUUAUCUGUUUUUAUUUUUUAUUUUAUACAGCCUUUUUGGUUAUCUAUAUCAAGGGAGCCAGGACUCUACACAUGUACUAUGUGUUACUAUGUGUAACUGUGUAAAUUAAUGUUCGUAAUUGCUGACACUGUGAAUGUUGUAAAUGUUGUAAUUGUCAAUCAUGGUAUGCAAAGGUACAUACAGUACUGCCAUUUAAUGCAUUUACCGUUUUCUUCUAUGAAAGUUAUUUUUCUCAAGUAUAAACAUGCUGAAAUUUCAUAUAUAGAAAUUAAACAGAAAAUGUAUUCUGUAUGUACGAUUAUUGAAUUUUACCAUUGUAUUUGUAUUGUAUUUCAUUUUCAAUGCAACCAAAGUAUCUGUCCCCAGUAUUUAUUUUAUCAUUAAAAUUGCAUUAAAAACA